UUGCUACUGCUUGAAUGUGGGCUGUGCCUUUAAAGGAAACAUUUGUUCAUUAUGGUUCAGAGGUAAAAUGUAGUAUAACUGCAUUCCAUUUUACAUAAAGAGAGGAAGGUAACAAGAAAAAUGAUACUCACAAACAGUUGGAAAGCAGAGAAAUGGGAACCUACAGGGAGCAAAAAUGUUUGUGUUUUCAUAAGUAAUCAGAAAUCCGUAUUGUGAGGUUAAAGGAUGUCUAAAUAAUGCCUGUAUACUAAUCUAGACUAUUCAUGACUAGUCAUUCCAACCGUAAAAUGAGUGAAGACGUCGGCCCUGCUGUUGAACUGGAUGUUUUAAGCUUGAACAAGCCAAAUACAUCUGCUUCACCGGGACCAAGUCAUGUGUCUCUGGGAAAUGAGUCUUUGUCUCAUCUGUUAACACUGAAGGAGAAAACUUAUCAAUACUGGUUGAUUAAUCGUGAGGACUCUGACUUCUCUUUGCCCAGCGUUUUGUCAAUGAAAAGUGAGCAGUCAAUGGAUCUUGAUCUUGAAUUCAGCAGAGAACCAAUCCGCACAGAACUGAAGCAGAUUCAACGCAAGGACUCUGACUUUUCUUUGCCCAGCGGUUUGUCAAUGAAAAGUGAGCGGUCGAUGGACGAUCGUAUAAAAUUCAGCAGAGAACCAAUCCGUACAGAACUGAAUUUGAACAAGCCAAAUGAACCUGCUAAAUCGAGUCAAGUGUCUCUCGGGAAUCAGUCUUCGCCGUUAUACUUUGAGAAGGAAAUCCCUGAAAGCAGGCCGAUCAGUCGUGAUCGUGAUCAGUCGAUGGAUUAUCCUAAGAACUUCAGCAGAGAACCACCCACCACAGAACUGAAGCCGAUCAGUCGUGAUCGUGAUCAAUCGAUGGAUUAUCCUAAGAACUUCAGCAGAGAACCACCCACCACAGAACUGAAGCAGAUUCAAUGCAAGGACUCUGACUUUUCUUUGCCCAGCGGUUUGUCAAUGAAAAGUGAGCGGUCGAUGGACGAUCGUAUAAAAUUCAGCAGAGAACCAAUCCGUACAGAACUGAAUUUGAACAAGCCAAAUGAACCCGCUAAAUCGAGUCAAGUGUCUCUCGGGAAUCAGUCUUCGCUGUUAUACUUUGAGAAGGAAAUCCCUGAAAGCAGGCCGAUCAGUCGUGAUCGUGAUCAGUCGAUGGAUUAUCCUAAGAACUUCAGCAGAGAACCACCCACCACAGAACUGAAGCCGAUCAGUCGUGAUCGUGAUCAAUCGAUGGAUUAUCCUAAGAACUUCAGCAGAGAACCACCCACCACAGAACUGAAAAUUCAGCACAAGGGAUCAAAUGUUCUAAAUGAGGAUCUGAUCUGGACAUGUCAGCUUAAGAGGGUGUUGAGGAAUAGGUGUCAGUGUAUAUUUGAGGGGAAUGAAGAGCACAGCAGCCCCUCUCUGCUUGACAACAUCUAUACGGAGCUCUACAUCACUGAUGUUGGAAGCAGUGAGCACAGCUGUGAACAUGAAAUCAGACAGAUCGAGAUGGUAUCUAAACAUCCAGCCUCAGUAGAUACACCAAUAACAACUAAUGAUAUUUUUAAAGCUUUUCCUGGAUCUACUAAACAAAUCCAAACUGUGCUAACCAAAGGAAUUGCUGGCAUCGGGAAAACAGUGUCCGUGCAAAAGUUCACACUGGACUGGGUUGAGGAGAGAGCCAACCAGGAUGUCCAGAUGAUAUUUACACUUCCCUUUCGUGAAAUGAAUGGAUUUAAAGAAAGGAAAAUUAGUCUGGUACACAUUCUUAAGUGCUUCUUCAAUUUAAAAAUAGAUGCAGAAGUGUUACGCUCAGAAAAAUACAAGAUAGUCUUCAUCUUUGAUGGACUUGAUGAAUGUCGGUUUCCUCUGGAUUUUCAAAACAACAGGAGUUGCUCCAGUGUGACAGAAACAGUCUCAAUUGGUGUCCUACUGACAAACCUCAUCUGCAAGAACUUGCUUCCUUCUGCUUUGGUCUGGAUAACUUCACGACCAGCUGCAGCAGGUCAAAUACCACCUGACUUCAUUGACCGGGUGACUGAGGUACGAGGUUUCAAUGAUUCCCAUAAAGAAGAGUACUUCAUCAAAAAAAUAGGUGAUCCAGACUUGUCCUCCAGGAUAAUCUCACACUUGAAGUCUUCAAAGAUCCUUCACAUCAUGUGCCACAUCCCAGUGUUCUGUUGGAUAUCAGCUACAGUCCUUGAAAAGAUGUUUCGUGAUUCUGAGGAGAGUGAAAUUCCCAGAACCCUGACGCAAAUGUACGCACACUUCCUAAUUUUCCAGAUCAAGCAAGGGAGUCUCAAAUACGAUGAAAUUUCUGAAGAAGGUUUGAAGUGGGAUAACCAGACCACGUUGUUGCUUGGAAAGCUGGCAUUUAAACAACUUGAAAAUGGUAAUUUAUUGUUCUAUGAGGAAGAUUUGAAGGAAUGUGGCAUUGAACUCAACGUUGCAUCGGUGUAUUCUGGAGUUUGCACCCAAAUCUUCAAAGAAGAGGCAGGACUACAUCAGGAGAGGGUUUUCAGCUUCGUACACGCAAGUAUACAGGAGUUUUUGGCUGCGUUGUAUGCUUUCCUUGUGUUUGUCAACAAAAAGCGAAAUGUCCUCUGUCAGACGACAAACGCUAAAAUCAUAAAUACUUUAAAAAAACUAUCAAUGCAUGAAUUUCUGAAGAGUGCUGUGGAUAGGGCUUUAGAAAGUGACAAUGGACAUUUGGACCUUUUCCUUCGCUUCUUGUUGGGAUUGUCACUUGAGUCCAACCAGACUCUUCUUCAGGGAUUGCUGACUGAGGUCCUGAGCGAUGAUGAAAGCAACAUGAAAACAGUUCAAUACAUCAAGGAAAAAAUCAGGGACCACCCUUCAGCAGAGAAGGCAAUAAGUCUUUUCCAUUGCCUAAGUGAACUGAAAGAUGAUUCUCUGGUUGAGGAAGUGCAGGAGUUCAUAAAUUCACAAGGUUUUUGUGCUGGAAAGCUGUCUCCUUCACGCUUUUCUGCUUUAGCUUACAUACUGCUGACAUCUGAUGAAGAACUGGAUGUUUUUGACCUGGCAAAGUUCAUUCAUCCGAGCAUGGCCUCGAAUGAGGGACUGUUGAGACUGCUGCCAGUAAUCAAAGCAUCCCGAUCAGUUCUAUUGAGGUGUUGUAAUGUGACAGAAAAAGGCUGUGCCGGCCUGGACUCUGUUCUUAGUUCAAGUCUCUCAUGUCUGAGAGAGCUGGAUUUAAGUUCUAACAAUCUUCAGGAUUCAGGAAUAAGCCAACUUGCUGUCGGACUGGGAAAUCCUCAGUGUAAACUAGAGCAUCUGAGACUUUUCAAUUGUAGCAUUGGUGAAGAUGGCUGUGCCUCUUUGGCUUCGGCUUUGAGAUCAAACCCAUCUCACUUAAUUGAACUUGAUUUGACACACAACAAUCCACAUGAUACAGGUGUGAAAAUGCUUUCUGAUGUGCUGACAGAUACAAGCUGUAAACUGGAAACACUCAGGUUGAUGGGCUGUGAACUGACAAGAAGAAGCUGUGCUGCACUGGCCCAAGUGCUUCAGUCCUCCUCUACAAGCCUAAAACAUUUAGAUUUAAGUUUGAAUGACCUCCAGGAUUCAGGAGUGGAACUGCUCUGUGUUGGCCUAAAGAACCCUUCCUGCAAGCUCAAUAAAUUGAGUCUAUCAGACUGUAAAAUUACAGUCAAUGGAUGUUCUGCAUUGUCAUCUGCUUUAAAGUCUAACCCAUCACACCUGAGAGAGCUGGAUCUCAGCAUUAAUAACCUCACAGACUCAGGAGUAAGGCAUCUGCUCCCUGUGUUUGAAGAUCCACAUGUUUGUCUAGAGAAAUUAUGGCUGAAUAAUUGCAAUCUCACACAUAAAAGCUGUCAGAUGGUGGGUUAUGUAGACACAUCCAAACACUCAGGUCUGAGAGAGCUGAACCUCAGUGCUAAUGACCUGCUUGACUCAGGUUUAAAGCAGCUUUCAGCGGGAGAAUGUCAUCUUCUAUCAGGACUGCAGUCACUGAGUGUAACAUACUGUGGGCUUACGGCACAGGGAUGUGCUGUUCUGGCAUCAGCUCUCAGCUCUAAACAGUCACAGCUAAAAACACUGGAUCUCAGAGGAAAUAAACUGUCAGAUUCAGGAGUUAAAUCGCUCUCAGAACUGGUGGAGGAUCCACACUGUGAAUUAGAAGAACUAAAAUUCAUGGAUGGAAUAAUUCCGAUGACUACGAAUGUCUCUCACAAACAGGAUGUUCUACCUGUAAAUCCAACAAAAUCAACGAAACAAAAAACAAAAAACAAAAAACACAUGCGUGUGCUUUUAAGAAAAUAAGUGACUGUGUUAUUAGUUUAUUUAGUGUUUUCAGUGAGUUGAACAAGUUUGUUCCAUGCUGUGUCACACCAAACCAGUCAAACAGACCUGAAAGAGAGCUAUAUAUUAGCUCUAUAUACAUCAUAUGAAUUAUUCAAACCAACAAAGAAAGGACAUCAUGGAAAAUGCUACUAGAAAAACAGUAUGGAACAUUGGUAUGGAAAAUGCACCAUGUGCGUGACAUGGCAUCACUGAUACUGAAUGCAUCACACAUAGUUCUGUGCUUGAGCAGGAACAAAAUGUCAGUAGAUGGUUGGAGUUUAGGUUCAAAAGAAACUAUGAGGACUAGCAGGUUUGAUGGGUUAGCUGCAGGUACAGAUCCACAUCAGCUGCAUCUUAAGACUUUUCUUUCAAACAAACACAUUUUUGCAUGAAUAAUUAUUGUACAUUUUGUAGUACAUAUGUUGUAUAUAGUCGAGAUUUAUAGUAGAAAUUAUUGUAGUUGAAAUGUAGAAAAUUUAUUUAGAAUUUUUUUUUAUAUAGUGUGACUGCUGCUAAAUAUGUUGACUUGGCAAAGUGUGACUAUUUAUAUAGUAUUUCCUGUAAACUACUACCUCUUCUGAGAUCCUAAACGUCUGACUCUAUCAUUUAUUUAUCCAUCUGUCCGUCUGGUAACUACCUAACAACCAGCCACAACACCCUAGCAAUCGCCUAGCAAAAUUGUAAGGAUGAGGAUUCCCUUGUGAAAAAGAAGUAAACUUUUUUUUUGUACUUUUUACGGAAAUAACUUUACUUCUAUUACCUUUGCAAUAUGGUAAGAGUGUACUGUUGAAAGUAUUGAUAAGUAGAUAUAGUAAACUAAAAUAUACUUUAAUGCAAUUUCUAUUGAAACAUGUAUGUCAUGUAAUUACAUAUAUUGUAUAACUUUACAAUACGGUUUCAUUAGUUAACAUAAGUUAACUACUUAAAUGGUUAGUUCACCAAAAAAUGAAAAUUAUCCCAUAAUUUACUCACCUUCAAGCCAUCCUAGGUGUAUGACUUUCUUCUUUCAGCCAAACACAGUCGGAGUUAUAUUAAAAAAAUAUCCUGGCUCUUCCAA